AUGGGUUAUGAACAAUCAAAGAAUGAUUAUUCAUUAUUCAUUAAAAGGACAAAUGGUUUGCUCACUAUUGCAGUGGUGUAUGUAGAUGAUAUAAUAGUCACUGGUUCAAAUGAAGAAAAAAUCAGUAGGUUCAAAGAGCACUUGCAUUCUGUUUUCAAUAUCAAAGAUCUAGGGGUGCUGAACUAUUUUCUGGGGAUUGAGGUCAGUCAUUUACAAGCUGGCAUAGUGAUAACACAGAAGAAAUUUACAAAAGAGCUUUUGUUAGACUGUAAUUUGGAUGUUUCAAGGAUUGCAAAGACUCCAUUGCCUGCAAAUUUGAAGUUAUUGGCAUAUGAAGGUGAAUUGCAUUCAGAUCCUGAGCAUUAUAGAAAAAUUGUUGGAAAGUUGAAUUUCCUUUCUCAUACAAGACCUGAUUUGGCUUUCUCUGUUCAGACCCUAAGUCAGUUUAUGCAACAGCCAAGAUUGUAUCAUGUGAAGGCCUUGCAACAUGUGUUAAGAUAUGUUUCUCAUACUUUGGGUCAAGGUAUUAUCCUAUAUGCUACUGAUCAGUUAUCCUUGAUAGCAUAUUCAGAUUCAAAUUGGGCAUCUUGUCCUAAUACUAGAAGAUCAGUAACAGGUUAUGUUCUGCUCUUGGGGAUAUCACCAAUUUCAUGGAAGUCAAAGAAACAGCCUACUAUCUCCAAGAGUUCUAGUGAAGCUGAGUACAGGGCUAUGGCAGCUGCAUCUUCAGAGACAACUUGGUUAAUCAGACUGCUUACUAAAUUGUGUGUUCUGAAUUUGAAGCCAGUAGCAUUACACUGUGAUAAUCAAAGUGCUAUACACAUUGGGAAGAACCAUGUGUUUCAUGAACGCACUAAACAUAUAGAGUUGGAUUGUCAUUUCACCAGAGAAAAGGUGCUGGAGGGUCUAAUUGUGCUGACUUACACUCCCGCAGCAGAGCAGCAUGCUGACAUUAUGACUAAGGCUUUGAGUUCCUUCCAGCAUAAUAAGCUUAAAUCCAAGCUAGGAAUGUAUUCUGAUGUUGAUACAGUUCCUAGCUUGCGAGGGGAUGUUAGUGAUGACACAGCAGAGUGUGCCACGUCAGAUGAUGAGUAUGCAGAAGGUUUUUAG